AUGGACAUUAGCAGCAAGGAGGCUCUGGUAGAGGCGCCUCCGAGGUACACAGCCUCCCCUCGGCUUCCCUGCAUUCCCCACCAGGUCAAGUGUCUCCUGAUUGUUGUGGUGGUGCUCGUGCUCCUGGUUGUGGUGGUCGUGGGCUUCCUCCUGCUGGGCUUGCACAUCACUGAGAAGCACACAGAAACGGUGUUGCGAAUGACCAUCCAGGGCCAGGAUGGGGAGGAGUCCCCACAGCAGCUCUCCAUGAGCAGGAAGGAACGAGCAGGGACUUUCUAUGUCAAGGAAGGCAUCAACUCUUCUGCCAUGGUCGUGUAUGACUACAACAAACUGAUCAUCAGCUACAGAUCCUGGCUGGCCCAAGCCUGCUACAUUACCAGGAUUGACAAGGACAACAUCCAGGGCCUGGACGCCAUCACCAAGGCAUUCCAGUAUCACCAGCUCAAGCAGGGCAAGGAAAAGGAGAGCAAGGGCUUCCCUGUGCCUCUGGCUGACCGCUCCAUUUUAGGCACCACUGUCAACAUCCUCUGCAGCAAUGUUCCCAUCUACUGGGCCUAG